CGAAGCUGGAGAAAUGACAACGGUGUUUAAAAUAACGAUAAAAUACGUAAAAAUAUGUUACGAUAAUUGUGUUUUUGGGUUUAUUGCUAUGUAUUAGGAACGGGUGAAUCAGUAUGAACGCGCUUCACACGAAUUUAAAGCGAUGCAGAGCACAAAUUCACCCUUGAAUACAGAAAAGGGGCGAGCGAGUCGCUGCUUGUCAGUUCAGUCAAAUAAUUAGCGAGUUUUUAUUUCGUUGAGGGAAAUUUAUAUGAAUUAUUAAGCAACUGUUUGUCGAAAUGCGGUCUCAUAAACAGCAAGGCAACACCCCAGGACGCUUUUUUACACCCACGGUCAACAGCUACAAACUGCACAUUGCGGCGGUGAAGUCUUUACUACCUGAGAGAAUGUUACAAAGACCGCUUGACAUACGGUUGACAAAGGACUUGACAAAAGCCAACAUGGAUGCCCUGAGAGCUAAUCCACCAAGGCAAGAUAUCAGGCUGAAUAUGUACUGCAGACCCCUCCAUGCCCCAGUGCUGGCCUUUGUGAAUGAGUUUGUGGGGCCAGAGCGAGCUCUGUUGCCCCCUCCACCGACUGCCCCAGCUGGGGUAAUGGGGGACCUGUGGACCCAAGCACACAGGGGGAAAGUACAGCGUGCUAUACGCAGCGCAGGAGCCUUCUAUUCUCACAGUAAAGCCCCUUUCAUCUCACAUGCUGUAGGCGAUGCAGUCGCGCUGAAUGAAAGGCCCACUCCUGGUUUCCCUGUUGCUUUCUGCUCCAGGGAUGACUGUGCUGCCAGUCUUGAGAGACUGGAUCUGGACCGUCGUGGUCUGAUUGAGUGCCCGAACCUGGACGGGAUGGAUAAGCUCCGCCUCCUCAACCUUCAGCACAACCUCAUCUCUCACCUGCCACACCUCACUCACCUGCGGCGCCUCGUCUUCCUCGAUCUCUAUGACAACCGCUUGACCGACAUGUCACCCAUCUCCGCUCUGGCUUUGCUCCGCGUGCUCAUGCUUGGCAAGAACAGAAUUCAGAGAAUAUGUGGCCUGGACAACUUGACCAAACUUGACGUGCUGGAUUUGCACAGCAACCAGAUCACUAAGAUAGAGAAUGUGUCUCACCUGUCGGAGCUGCACGUACUGAACCUGGCAGAUAACUGCAUCUCCAGAGUGGAGAACCUACAGGGCCUGGACUCACUGACCGAACUCAACCUCAGACGUAACCGAAUCUCCACUGUGACGGAGGUGGACCGGCUGCCCUGUCUCCAGCGUCUCUUCCUCAGCUCCAACAGCAUCAGCAGUUUUGAUGAACUGGCCUGUCUGGGACUCUCCUGCUCUCUGUGUGAGCUCACCCUGGAUGGGAACCCUGUAGCUCAGGAGUCAUGCUACAAACAGGCCGCGCUGCGCUGUGUGCUUCCACUCCGGCUGCUGGACAUGAAGCGCAUCACAGAGGAGGAGAGACGCGCGGCGAGUCUUUUAGCGCGAAAGGAGGAUGAGAAGAAACGUGAGAGCCACAAGCAGGCCGCUCAUAAGGAGAAGCGUCGCUUGGCAAUCCGUAACGCAGCACAGCAGUGGGAAGGAUCCAAGACCUGUCUGGAGCUUCCUGCUCAAAAUGGAGCAAAGGAAGAGCUCAGCCCUGAAAACAGCCCCGCCCACAGCCCUGCCCAGACCAAUGGGAUCGCUCAAGAGCCCUCACCCGAUGAGCUGAGGAAAGAUAAAGGGAGUCCAUUCAUUGUUUCGGAGCGUCCAGCAGGGGGCGGUGAGAAUAGGUUGCGUUCAACCAGCCGCCCCAAUAGCCCCCGAGACCCCAGACUCCAGGAGACCGGGGGUGCCAGCGUGCAGAGCCUUUCUCUGUCGGAGAGCCAUGUGGCUGAGCUGGAUGGGGAGACAGUGCGUCUCUUUGGCCCAGGGGCCUUGGAGGCGCUGGAGAGGGGCUGGGGAGUGCAGACGGCCAGCGCUGUCACCACCAUCACCUUCCGCUACAUCCAGUUUGACAGCAUCGUCCCCACCCUGCCACGCAUCCGCCUCAAAUUCCCCAACCUCACGCACCUGAUCUUCAUGGAAACUAAUAUAACACGGCUGCUGCAGUUGGCCGCUUUAGCGCAGGUCCGCCGACUGGAACAGGUCACCAUCCACCCAGAGGGGAACCCUGUGGUCAGCCUGACACUGUGGAGAGCCUUCCUCAUAUAUAGACUCAACCACCUUAACCUGCAGAGGAUCAAUGGGACAGAGGUGACCAUGAAUGAUGUCAUGGCAUCGGAACGCCUUUUUGGGACUCUGGGUCACGUCGCUUCCACAGAAACGCCGCGCUGUCGUCUGUUGCUGCUACUGGAGGAGUCUAGGAAGAGGCAGCUGCAGUUCCUGCUGGAGGGGAGGGGUCGCAGGGCUGGGUUGAGCCCAGAGGAACUGAAGGAAAACGGGAAACUGCUGGGGGAAAGCAUGAGCCGAGCACUUUUUAACUACCCGAGCAGAGACUCCAGCUCCGAAAGCCCUGAGGAAGGUGGAGGUGAGGUGCUGGAGCGUGGCCCGGUGGUGGAGCAGUAUCUAAAAGAGCUGGUGCACCAAGCGUCCAGCACCAGUGUGAAGGGGGAAGCCCUGCAGAAGCUGUGGCCCACUGCGUUUGUGGAGAUGGUGAGGGACUGUGUGCUGGAGAUGAGGGACACACCCACCUACAGACGGACCUGCCUCAACACGCUCGCCCACGGCAAAUGAGAGAGAGAGAGAGAGAGAGAGCGAGGGUGAAGAGGGAGGUACCGAGAGAGAACUACAGAACCGAAAGUGCACGUAGAGGAAUGACAGGACGACAGGAUACAAACCCCACCUGGGAAGAAUAACCACAACAACAACAACAACAACAUUCCCUCCGUUUUUCCUCUCUGCCUUUUUCUCGCAGUUUCUCUUCUUCACCCUCGUUCCCACAUUCACAGUCUCCUAUGGAGACUUUAGAUCACACUCGGUCGAAUGUGCAGAUCUGAACUUCGUCAUUAUGUGACAGAGAGAUUGUUCUGCAACACUGUUCUAUCUGAGAGAUAAUCUUCUCCUCUGGAGAAGAGAGAGAUGCACCUGAUUGGAUGUGAAUGAUCUUCAAAAAAAAAAGGUGAUGUCUGGUUUUAUUCUAUCGCUCAUUCACUUCAACUGUACCAGAUCAGCACUCUUAGUAGUAAACAAGACUGUUGUGUGGUGUUCUGGUCUUCCUAAUGGUGCUCCGAACAUAGGUCAUAAGUCAGUCUCUGGACAAAAAUACUAACUUAGGUCAGUCUCUGGACAAAACAUACUACUGUAGGUCAGUUUCUGGACAAAAAUACUACCACAGGACACAUAUUCAGUCCAACGUCUCAUUCUGCUCUCCCACAUCUCUGGAAAAGACUGGAACAACCGUUUUUUUCCAUCCAUUUUAGCAUCUUUCAGUCUUCUCUUUAAGCCUUACGCUGCUGGACUUUUAGUCUUCUUGCACAGUUUUUUUGUUCUGUAUUUUACGAAAUAUUAAAAGAGAAUGAUGAACUUUUU